AUGAAUGCCAUUUGCACCACAUCAGUGAUUGUGCAACUUUUAGAAUUUUUUCCUUUUUUGGAUGAUUUGUUUACGUUGAUGUACUUGAAUCGGUCAUGGAAAGCAGCGAUUCUAGAUGUAAUCACAAAUACAAAUUUCCUAAACGCGAAAAAAAUUAUGAGAAUGAAAAAUAAAAAAUACAUUUUACUCAUUUUGAAAUACAUGAAGGGUAGUAGCAGAAAUGGACGUGAAGGAGAAUUGAUUAAAACUGAAUUGGUUGAUAGGAUUGAGCAUCCACUCGAAGGAAUCUCUCCCUCCUUGCGGCAUUUUCCAAACGUUCUAGAGCUAAUCAUAGGUUCGUGUAACCUGAGCCCACUUUUCUUCAACUGCAUCCAGAACAUGUUCCCUCAACUUGUGUGUUUCAAGAUAUUCAUCAAGUCACCUGUAUGCAUACCUUUGUUAAAAAACUUUUGUUUCAAUUCGAAGAACCUCAGAAGGAUAAUAAUAACAAUUGGAAAUAGCAAGUUGAAUACUGAUUACCGGGAAAAAUUGGAAAAAAAUCUGAACAAAUUUUUUCGUCACUGGGGAAUCGACAUCACCCUCAUAACACAGUUGAGGGAGUGCCCCUUGCGUGGGAAGUUAUGA